CGCGCGACUCUUCGAUUAUUCCCCCGAUACUUCCGAUCCGCGGAAGCCGGUGAUUGGCGGCGGCUCCUUUUUUGAUGUCGCCUCGUUGUAACUUUUGAGGAAAGUUUCACGUUUACUGCGCGAAACCAAUCGGAUUUCACGCGGAGUUCCUCCGCGGAAGCCCCCGGUCUCCCUUUCAGAAACAACGCAGCUUCAAAGCGGAAAGACAUUGUUUUGGUCGUUUUCAAGUUGUGUCUUUAUUAACCUACCGCGCCAUACAUAUCACGACGUUUGUUUUUGGUAUAAUUAUACUAAUUAGAAACAAAGCUAAUAAAUGCUGGCGUGCAAUGAAGUUGAUCUUAAAUUCGGCCGCCACUUGAUGCGAUGUGGCUGCAGGCCUCGUCUGAAUCCACCAGAGAUAAUGAAAGGAAGGAUUGGGCUUUUUCAUCUGUUGCACCGCGGUUACAUAACUUCGGCCCUAAGGAAGCUGGACACGAGGUGUCUCAUCUCAUGCGAUCUUUGAAAGCUAAAGGCAACCGUCUGUGAAUCAGCUGGACCGUAGGACGGGAUUGAUUGGCUCUGGCUUUGUUCCCAGGUGACUCACGGCCCCGAAAGGUCAACGCCAAGAUGUCCGUCAGCAACCACGAGAACCGAAAGUCUCGCUCCAGUUCCGGCUCCAUGAACAUCCAACUGUUCCACAAGACGACGCACGCCGACAGCCUGCUGACGCAGCUCAACCUGCUGCGCAAACGGAAGGUCUUCACGGACGCGGUGCUGAAGGCCGGGAGCCGCUCCUUCCCUUGCCACCGGGCCGUGCUGGCCUCCUGCAGCCGAUACUUCGAGGCCAUGUUCAGCGGCGGGCUCAGGGAGAGUCGCGACGCCGACGUCAACUUCCACGACUCGCUGCACCCGGAGGUGCUGGAGCUCCUGCUCGACUACGCCUACUCGGCCCGAAUCCUCAUCAACGAGGAAAACGCUGAGUCGCUCCUGGAGGCCGGCGACAUGCUGCAGUUCCACGACAUCCGGGACGCGGCGGCCGAGUUCCUGGAGAAGAACCUCCACCAGUCCAACUGCUUGGGGAUGAUGCUGCUGUCGGACGCCCACCAGUGCCACAGGCUGUACGAGCUGUCGUGGAGGAUGUGCCUGGCGGACUUUGCCACCCUCUUCAGGACCGAGGACUUCCUCAGCCUGCCCAGAGACAAAGUCCAGGAGCUGAUCCUCAGCGAGGAGCUGGAGGUGGAGGACGAGAGCCUGGUGUACGAGGCGGUUAUCGACUGGGUCAAGGCCGACAUGGAGCACAGGCACAGCGAGCUGCCCGAGCUGCUGCGCUGCGUCCGACUGGCGCUGCUCCCCGAGACCUACCUGCUGAAGAACGUCGCCUCCGAGGAGCUCGUCAUGUGCCACAAGGUGGGCCGGGAGAUCGUCGAGGACGCGGUGCGCUGCAAAAUGAGGAUCCUGCAGAACGAGGGCAUUGUGACGGGUUUCUGUGCCAGGCCGAGGAAAGUUAGCCAGAACCUGCUGCUGCUGGGAGGACAGACCUUCAUGUGCGAUAAGGUCUACAUGAUCGACAACAAGACAAAGGAGAUCACGCCCAAGACGGACAUCCCCAGCCCCAGGAAAGAAUGCAGCGCGUGCGCUAUCGGUUGCAAGGUGUACGUCACCGGCGGCCGCGGCUCCGAAAACGGGGCGUCCAAGGACGUCUGGGUCUACGACACGCUGCACGACGAGUGGUCCAAAGCGUCGCCCAUGAUGGUGGCCCGGUUCGGACACGGCUCCGCCGAGCUGGACCACAUGCUGUACGUGGUCGGGGGGCACACGUCCCUCGCGGGAUCGUUCCCCGCGUCUCCGUCCGUGUCCCUCAAGCAGGUGGAGCAGUACGACCCUCAGACCAACAAGUGGGCGCUGGUGGCGCCGCUCCGGGAGGGGGUGAGCAACGCCGCUGUCGUCGGCGCCAAAAACAAACUCUUUGCCUUCGGGGGCACCAGCGUCAACCGGGACAAGUACCCCAAGGUCCAGUGCUUCGACCCUUGCCAGAACCGCUGGUCCGUGCCGGCCGCCUGCCCCCAGCUGUGGCGCUACACGGCGGCGGCGGUGGUCGGCAGCCACGUGGUGGUGAUCGGCGGCGACACGGAGUUCUCCGCCAGCUCCGCGUACCGCUUCAACAGCGAGACGUACCAGUGGUCCAAGUUCGGCGACGUGACGGCCAAGCGCAUCAGCUGCCACGCCGUGGCGUCGGGGAACCGGCUGUACGUGGUCGGCGGCUACUUCGGCGCCCAGCGGUGCAAAACGCUGGACUGCUACGACCCCUCGUCGGACUCCUGGGAAAGCGUGACCAGCGUUCCCUACUCGCUCAUUCCCACGGCCUUCGUCAGCACGUGGAAGUACCUCCCGGCGUGAGGAGGAGCGCGUGCUCGCUUUUUGAGAUAAGCAGUGGUAUGCAGGCUGAUUUCUCCCUUCACUGGCUGCACAGAAGAGGAAGAGGAAGAAGAAGAAGAAGAGUUUGCGUAGUCCUGCUGUGGCGCCAUCCAGCCUGCUGCACAUUCUCCUUUUGCUGCAGAGGAGCGACGGCCCGAGUCCCCCCCCCCCCCCCCUCGAGUACGAGACCGCGACCCUCUUCCCGCCGUGAGACCGGACUCGUUGCCAUGUUCACAGACGUGCAGACGGGAUUCCCCUGGCUUUUUCUGUUCCACCUGGUGCACUGACUCACUACGCAGUGUAGUGUGUGUAUCAUCUCACCGCAAGAGUACAAGUUCAACAGAUUGAGGGCCUGUUAGUGUCUGUAGUGUCUGUUAGUGACGUGUUGCUUUACAGUGAAGUGAAAAAAGAAAGUCAGAUGGUCCGCCCCCCCCGCCCCCCCUUCUCUUCUCUCCCGGUCACUAGGUGAUUACUCAUUUUCUGGACUGCUGAUGGACGGAAUUAGACCUUCGCUCCGCCAGGCGAGCGGAGGAGGACGGACGAUAUUUGGGGAAGUGUAUGAUUUUGUGCACAGAAACAAUCUCGCUGUCUCUAUUUUUAGCGCUUGGACUCGGGCUUCCCACAAUUUUGGCAAGUUAGAUUUGUGUCGUCCUCCUGGACUUAAAAUACACGCUCGCAAGAGCGAAUGUGGCCCAUUGCGGCCCCCGAAGAAGGAACUUUUCUGUUUCACGAUUUUGAGGCCAUGACUUUUGUCAUUUGUUUGUGUAUAUUGCGUCUCAGGGUUUGUUUUGUUUUUUUGUAUAUUUGUUCAAAGUAGUAUCUUGUGCUAACUUUUCAUUUGAAUGUACCAUUUUCGUGACAUUUCUUGUUCGCAUUGGUUGUAUUUAUACAUAUAUAUUUCCAAAACCCAAAUGGCUAAUCAGCCAUGCUGGAUUUUAAUAACAAAUGCUAAGUGUGUCCAAAGUAGUUAAGACAUUCUCUCUAACUAUAUCAUUUUUCUUAUUGUAUAUUUCGGAUUGUUAAUGGAAGUCUUGUGUUGAUAAUUUGUAUAUUUGCUUUGUAACGAGUUUAUAGAAGCCUUUGAUUUGCACAUUUUGUACAACGAAAACUCUUAAUGGUCUUAAAUUUGUACCUUUUGUCUUAGUCUGAAUAAUCAGUGUUUUUCCAGCAAAUUAUCAAGUUGUUCCUCUUUUUGAACAAUCGUCAUUUGCUCUGCAGUUUUCCAAUAUAUCAAUUACACCAAUAUAUUAAGCUAUUUCUGACAAACCACGUGUUACUCCCAUGUUCUACAGUUCACCGCUCAUCAAUAAAUAUCUUAAACAUCUUCUCUGUUGUUUG